AUGGAGGGCCAGGAUGUCACCAAAGUGGUCCUGCUGGCCUGCGGGUCCUUUAACCCCAUCACUAACAUGCACCUGAGGAUGUUUGAACUGGCUCGAGAUCAUCUGGAAGACACAGGUUGAGUGAUAUGAGAAAUUCACUGCCAAAAUGUGCUUGUCAUAAAAAAGUUCCUGAGUUUUAGUGAAGUGAGCUUAUAUACUUAACACCGCAAACAAGCAAAUAACACUAAGUGUGAUUCAAUGAGCACAAACAUAAUUUCAUUAUAUUCUGUUAAAUUAAAGUGUGAGGAGUUGAUAUCCAAAAACCCUCUUGCUAAAUUUCAGAAAUGGUAAUAUUCAACCUCUACAUAAAAACAAUAGACCAAUGCAACAAAGCUAUAACACAAAAUGCAUAUAUUUCAUAAUAUCAUACUCUUAGCUUUAGUAGGAAAUGCAGAAUUAUUUUCAGCAACAUGCCUCUCAAGAAUCGAAAGUAAAAGCACUCAUGCAACUCACCCCUCCCCCAUCACAGUAUUACUAUUUACAUGAGAUAAACACAGUUAUGAGAUAAGAACUCAUGCAAAUUUGUUUUACACUUGAUGACAGGAUAACUGUCAAGGUUUAGCAAAUUUUUACAACAUCCAAAGUGAGUGUUUUUUUGGCAUUUCUUUUGUUUUAGAAACUACUUCUGUUUCUCACUGUGUAUCUCUCUGGGAAGUAUUAAGUAACACUUGGUAGCAUGGCGUAAAACUGUCAGUUUCUCUACAAAAACUGAAAAGUACACCCAUGCUCUUUUUCUUAUUGCAGGAUUAAAUAGGGUCUUGUAAAUAUGAUAUUUGAUACUCCUACAAUAAUAUUAAAAUCUAAUACUCUUUAUGCAACGUAUCAUGAGGUAACUUUUGUUGUUUGUUUCCAUAUCAACAAGAAAACAUUGACUGGUUAAACCAUGUAGACAUACUACUUUUUCAAUGUCUAAGGUCAGUACAGGGUGGUGAAAGGCAUCAUCUCUCCCGUGGGUGAUGGUUACAAGAAGAAGGGUCUGAUUGAGGCCUGCCAUCGGCUGGCUAUGGUCAGACUGGCCACAGAGGACUCAGACUGGAUCACAGUUGAUGCCUGGGAAACUUUGCAGCCAGAGUGGGUGGAGACAGCUAAAGUCGUACGGUAAGUUCGUAAUUCCUAUGUGUGGUAACUGACAGUGCCCGUGCUUGUUAAUAGUGUUUGUGUGGUAUGUUGGGAUAAGCUGAAAUAGUAGUACACACACACACACACACACACACACACACACACACACACACACACACACACACACACACACACACACACUGCAGUCACAUCAUCUGCAGCGUACUGGGGGGCACAAAGUUCUUAAUGAUCAGUGUCACAUGGGGUUUCCUUCACUCCACAGACUCCAUGUAUUACUCCCAAUAAAGCUUGUGAGAACUGUGUGGAGAGUAUUGCAUAUUAAUAUUUAGUAAUCGAGACAUAAAUAAUCUAAACAACCUAAAUCCUCAUGUUUAAAAUUUGAGACUUCAAAUCAAACUUCCAACAUCCAACAUUUGGCAUUAUUACUCAUUAUUGCCCAAUAUACAAUAACAUUGUCUUUAUACUGUAUAUACUAUCUUUUGAACUACAUUUCACAGCUUUUUCUCUUUGAUUUUACAACUUCAAAAUUACAAGUUGUGUAAUAUUAAACAAACAGCUGGAGAAACAUCUUUUAACGAAUUCAGUUAAUCUGCAGUAAGUUAGUGACAUGACUGUGUAUGAAUAGGGCAUUUCAGACAGGCAGUCUCUCAAGAGUAACACCGGGAAAGACUGUACUCUGGAAUUUGGAAUUUCCCCCUGUGGACUAAUACAGGUAUAUCUUAUCUUAAGAGACUGUGUGAGCAAACAGUUCAUAAUUUAAGAAUGGCUUACCUCAGGGUUAACUUACAAAGGGUUUGAGGAUUUCAACAUGUACACUACAUUGAAAAUCAUUCAGAGAUUCAGAAUAUUUGGAGAAAUCUCUGUACAAAUGGGACAAGGUAUAAAACUGGAUGGGUGUGGUCUUUAGGCCCUCUGGUGGCACUGUGUUAAAACAAACAUGAUUCUACUAGAAAUCACUGCAUGGGCUCAAAAUCACUUCCAGAAAACACUGUCUGUAAACACAGUUGGUCAGUGUAUCUGAAAACAAAGGUUUAAACUGCGCCAUGAAUUGUAACUUAUGGUACAUGAUCCAGAAAAAGCCACAAAUUCUCUGGGCCCUAGUCCAUUUAAGGUGGUCUAAGGUCCUGUGGUCCAACAAGUCAAAAUAUAACAUUCUUUUGGGAGCCACCUCCUCCGCUCCAAAGAUGAGAGGGACCACCCAACUUCUUAUUAGGGCACAGUUUGUAAGGCAGCAUCUGUGAUGGUGUGAGGGUUCAUGAGUGCUUAUGGCAUGGGUAGCUAACACAUCAGGGAAGGCAAUAUUAAUGCUGAAGAAUGACAUCUAUACAAUGCCUUGAAGGGUAGAGUCUACAUAUUUCAGCAAGAAUACAUUCUGCAUGUACUACAACAUAGUGGCACUGAUAGUAGAAGAGUCUGGGUACUUACCUGGCCUGCAUGCAGUCUCAGCUUCCCACUCAUUGACAACAUUUGGCACAUCAUGAAAAAACACAAUGUAGGAUCAGAGGUGAUGUAACACAAUGGCAAACAUGCUUUUUUGGAAUUGAAGUUUUAAUUUAAGUAUAAAUGACUGUAUCUAAUGUACUCAUAAUCUCUGAAAGCUAUUUUAUUUGUCUGUAUCCACUUAGGCACCACUUUGACGAAAUAUUCACAGUAGAGGAGAAUAUUGAUGAUGUGGACACGGUGAAGUACCCAAAAAAGAGACGUAUAGAAGAGAAUAACUUUGAGGGCUCAUCUGUUUAUAAAAGAAGAGGUAAGCCACUUUGGAUAUUUUUAGUUAUGUAAUCUGUUCUCUCAGCUGUCUGUUCUCCUCCUUUUUUAAUUUUUGAUUUCAGAGAGCAACUUCGAUUUUGCUCAAACUGUAUACAUGGUUUACUAUAUUUAGCUGAAUUCAUUAAGGAGACAAUAGUUUAGGGGUGUGACAUCAAUUUAAUAUCAUGGGUUGAACAUUAUCCUGUUUUUAUUGAAUUUUCCUUCGGGGAUAAAUAAAGUUCCUCUUCUCCUUCUUCUUCUUAUCCAAAAACUGUAGCAUCAGACAGUAAGAGACUAGAGAGAUGACACUGAGUGAGUCAGUGACACAGAUUGUAAAAAUGGCAGCCAAGUUUUUACCACAUAAUUAAGUGACAUGCUUACAACGAGUGAUGAGAAGUUAGACAAUGUGAACAUCCUCUAGGCAGCUGCACAGCACAGGGUUGUAACAUAAGCAGGAGAGGUAAUACUGUGCCAUAUUAUGAAGUUGCACAAGAUUAUGAUGAUGUUAAGUAAUAAAUCCUUCCUCUGCAUAUUCUCCUCUACACAUACAUAAAAGUAAUUAUUUGAUAUUCUUUUCUGUCUCAUACUCAGAUGCCACUCAGCUGAUGUUGCUCUGUGGUGCAGAUGUCUUGGAGUCCUUUGGGAUUCCCAAUCUGUGGAAGCAGGAGGACAUUGAUGAGAUUGUAGGCCGCUAUGGUCUGGUGUGCAUCACCCGCAGUGGGAAUGACCCCCACAAAUUCAUCCACCAAUCAGACACCCUGUGGAAGUAUCGCAAGAACAUCCAUGUGGUCCCAGAGUGGGUGACCAAUGAGAUCUCAGCCACUCAAGUCCGCCGGGCCUUACGUCGAGGUCGGAGCGUGAGGUACCUGCUGCCGGACAGAGUGGUCCACUACAUACAAGAGAACGGCCUCUACAGUGCUGAGAGUGAGCAGAAAAAUGCAGAUGUGGUUUUAGCACCCUUUCAGAGAUACACGGGUGCCUCCUCUAGCUAA